AUGAAGGUUCUCGUUGUUGGCGGCAGUGGCAUGAUCGGCGGCACGACCGCUCUAUACCUUCGAUCCUUGGGCCACGAAGUUACCAUCACGGGUCGUAAGCCCUCUCCACCGCCCGAUGUACCUGCACUUGCAGAACUACCAUAUCUGCAAGGAGAUUUUCUCAAACUAGAGAAAGACUUUAGCAGAGAAGCCCUGAGAGCUUUCGAGGCAAUCGUAUUUUCCGCUGGCACUAAUAAUCGACACAUCCCUCCCGAGCAGCAGGCCGAGCCAGACAAAUACUACCUCUACAGCAACGGUGAGGCUGUUCCAGCCUUUACACGCCUAGCAAGAGACGCUGGAAUCCGAAUCUUUGUGAACAUCGGCAGUUACACGCACCACGUCGCACCAGAGCAGGUCGAGGAGGCAGCUUACGCUCGCUCGAGAAAGCAGGCUGCAGACGGAAUCGUAGCUCUCGCAUCACCAAGCUUUUACGCCUGCAGCCUUGAUACACCCAUGAUAGUUGGAAAGGUCCCCAGCAUGCGCGUGCCCAUGUUCGAAGCGCUCAUCAACUACGCACAGGGAAAGCUCGACAUUCCCCCAUUUGCGCCGCGCUGGGGCUCAAACAUCAUGUCGACAACUCGCUUGCUACAGCUGUCGCCGGAGCGUUGGAGAUUGCGGCAGCCGUGA